AAAUAAUUUUGGGUAGUGGCUUUGAGUAACAUCGUAACUUUACGACGCGCGAGUAAUACAGGUUGUUGCAUGUUAUUAAUAAUAUACCGGGGUUUUUGAAAUAAUAGAUAUUUCAUCACUGCCUAUUUAUUAUAUAUAGAUUAGUGUCAGUGAUAAUCGUGUUAGUGCUAGUUGUUUGCUUGUGCCGGUUUGUUGUUGCAUCUUCAUUAAGAAAAAGUUAAACUGACAAUGGGAAACGUUCAUACUUGUGGUCCAAACGAAGCUCUCGUUGUAUCAGGAGGAUGUUGCGGGUCCAUGAAGAAGAGGACCAUCGUAGGCGGUUACGCGUUCACGUGGUGGUUCGUGACCGACGUUCAACGAUUAUCUCUCGAGGUGAUGACACUGAAUCCUGUCUGUGAAAGCGUGGAAACCGCACAGGGAGUACCAUUGACCGUCACAGGAGUAGCACAGUGCAAGAUCAUGAAGGCUGAUGAACUCCUCCACACUGCCAGCGAACAAUUUUUAGGAAAAAGCGUUUACGAAAUCAAAUCGACAAUCCUUUCCACUCUCGAGGGUCAUCUUCGUGCGAUAUUAGGCACGUUAUCGGUAGAGGAGGUGUACAAAGAUCGGGAUCAAUUCGCCACAUUGGUGAGAGAGGUAGCAGCGCCAGAUGUUGGUCGCAUGGGGAUCGAAAUUUUAUCGUUCACGAUAAAAGACGUAUACGACGACGUUCAAUACUUGGCGUCACUUGGCAAGGCACAAACUGCAGCUGUCAAACGGGACGCCGAUGUCGGCGUCGCCGAGGCUAAUCGUGAUGCUGGCAUUCGAGAAGCAGAAUGUGAGAAAGCAGCGAUGGAUAUAAAAUAUAAUACCGACACAAAGAUCGAAGACAAUGCCAGACUCUUUCAACUGCAGAAAGCGAAUUUCGAUCAGGAAGUGAACACGGCGAAAGCAGAGGCACAGUUGGCUUACGAACUUCAAGCGGCAAAGAUAAGGCAACGAAUACGAAACGAGGAGAUUCAAAUAGAGGUGGUGGAAAGGCGUAAACAAAUCGAAGUUGAAGAACAAGAGGUACGUCGAAAGGAACAUGAGCUUCAAAGUACUGUGAGAUUACCUGCAGAGGCUGAACAUUAUAAAAUUGGCAAAGUAGCCGAAGGAAAAAGAACACAGACCGUAAACGCGGCUAUAGCCGAAGCUGAGAGGAUUCGAUUGAUUGGAACAGCCGAGGCUCAAGCAUUAGAAGCGAUUGGAGUGUCAGAGGCUCAACGUAUGCAGAUGAAAGCCGCUGUCUACAAGAAGUACGGCGGAGCUGCUAUUCUGAAUAUUGCACUCAAUGCUUUGCCAAAGAUUGCAGCAGAGGUAGCCGCACCAUUAGCGAGAACAGAGGAAAUCGUUCUUCUUGGCGGAAAUGACGCGACUAGCGGAGAAAUUACACGCCUUGUGGGGCAAGUACCUCCAGCUGUUCAAGCACUGACCGGUGUAGAUAUUUCAAAAGUGUUAGGCAAGAUACCAGGAGCAAAGUAAUGGCGAAAAAAACAGCAACGGCGACCAGACGAUCAGAUACUCGGAAUCGGCUGAAGAAAAGAAUAAACACUAUACUGCCAAAGAUUUCUCUGCUAUUCUAUCAUCUACCAGUGACACUUCACUUUGUUCUCUUUCCCGAAUUACUCUACCUCAAACGUAGAUGAAACGACGCUAAACAGAACCGAUCAAAUCGGUUAUUCCUCCGCUACGAAUGCGUCGAUUUUAAAGCCGAUCAUAUACAUAUGACAUAAACUCAAUAUCUUAUCUUUCAUAUCACGUAUUGGAUCACUACAACGCACAUAAUCUAUUUCAACUUCAUCAUAGUCCAUGCACGUUCAUUUUUCACGUGCAUUGUUUUGAAGAUUUUUUGGAUCCUGCUGAAUACUUCCCAAUAAUCGAACUUUAAUCGGUGCAGUCUACAUGAAAUUAUAUAUGAUAUAUAGAAAGAAAGAAAAAUGUGAAAGAAAGAAAACGAAGAAAAUGAAACAAAUCGGCAAGCAACAAAGAAGAAUUUAAAGGAAGUUUAUGGAAAAUUAUUGAGUACACAUUGUAUCGCUAAUUAUUUGCGAGUUAACUAUUGUGAUUGAAUACUGUCGACAAUUGUGUUCAACUUCAUAAAUAAGAAACUUAACGAAGAGGAUGGAUAAGAAAGAGGGAAGAUGACGAGACACGUUCGUGCGGAGUAGGCGUGAAAUUAAACUGUCCAUAGUUACAGUUGUACAUACUAGUUACGUGUGUGUCAUAGCAACUGGAAUUUCUACCUUGCUUAUAUCAGAGACGUAUCAAAUGAGAAGAAAAAUAUUGAUAAUUUUUAGAUGUUUGAAAAAAUUGAACAUACUGCAAUUUUUUUUGUUACAGUUUGAAAAACUUUGAAAUGAAAUCAUAUUGAACGAUUUUUGAUAAGAUAUUUAAAUUAGAAAUGGAAAUUCACACAUAAGAAAAUUCAAGUUAAACAAUGUUCAUUCACAUUCACAAGACUUUGCUUCUAAGGAAAGUGAAUUUCUAUGAUCUUACUUUCUAAUGGAAUAUACCCAAUGUACAAUCACUUUUCUAAAUUGCAUUGCUAUUGCAUGUAUUUCCAAUAUACUGAUUCUUUUAUUGUAUUUAUUCUUUAUAUACAAAUAUUAGAAUAAGAUGAAUUAUCAAUAAUUGCUCAUUAUAUUUCAAAAUAUUUUAUUAAAAAUUUAGAACUAAUUUCAAUAAUGAAAUUUUUUAAUUCAGUUAUUCUUUUUUCAAAAAUAACUUAUAGAAACAAUAAUGAAUGUAACAUUAUUUCAAUAAUCAAAUGAAAAUUAUUAGAAAAAUUCGAUUAUUCUCGUUUGAUACGUAUUCGCAUUUGAAAUUCUCUCGGUUGACCACGCAUCGGAAUCAAUCGCAUUCCCGCCAUCAAAAUGUACUCUCCAAAUCGAAGAAAGUGCCAAUCAAUUUGUAAAUACAGUAUCGUCUUGCCGCCGUAUAGCAGAACAAAUGAUAAUUUUUUAUUGCGUAAUGAGCAUUCUGUUGUGUUGCACCUGUUUUUCCACUCGGUUCGCAAUAGUGCUCGCAUCCAAGCACCUCUAUGAUGAUUUUUUUGCUUUAAGAAGAAUAUUCGAGACGGGCAGUUCUACUGCGCGAGAAGAAUGUCUAUCUCGACAUCACUAUUACGAUGAUUAAAUCGUAAUGAUAAUAAAACUAUGAUAUCGGG